AUGGAACGACAGGAGAUGUGUCCGUUUACAUUAAUGGCCCUGAAAAAAAAAAAAAAGGCCAGGAACAUUCUCAAAGGUAAGAUUUUAUUGCCUCCUAAACCGCAACUGUCAUCGGCACACAAGUUUGAAAAAUCUGAAAUCUUUUCACCUCAUCAAUCAAUUGCAGCCAAACUUUACCACAAAAGACCAAUCAGAUAUAAUAAUUUAGUAUUCUGAACAAAACCAUGGCAUUCAAUUUAGGAGCUAAUCACUAAAUCGAUAACAUGGACUGUAAUGCAAAUGGUCCAUGAUAACUUUGAAAUCAACGAUCAAAAUUGAAUGCACUUUCACGAGUUCAAUUUUAUUGUAAAACUCCAGGUGACACUAUCACUGGAGGGGGAUGGAUGGUUCUUGGGCAGGAGUUCCUCGCUGAAACACAAACAUCUUCGUUAUCGACUGCUUUUGUUGGUACAUUACAUCAAGUCAGCUUUUGGGACGUGCCUGCUACUGCUGAUGACAUGUGGAAUGCAGCACACAACUGUACUUGGCCUAUCGCUGGAAGUGUGCGAGCCUGGACCAGUUUUCUUCAAGGAAUCAAAGGCAAAGUGGAAAAGCGAUUCAUCACGAAAUGUCAAGGUAAUGAGAGUCAGUAACAGGAAGCGCUGCAGACGUUAGUGACAGCUGCAAGUGAAUGAGAUUAGGAGAAUCCACGGUCCGUGAGGAAAAGGCUACACAACAAUACACAACAAUAAACACUUAGUGACUGUUCCCAAGGGAAACAGUUGAUUUUGUUUCCCGACAAUCUCAAUGUUUCCCGAGGCAGAACCGAGAGAAACAUUGAGAUGCGAGUUUCAUUGUUAGAUUUCAUGUGACCUCGAAGGAACCAAUGAAAGGGCGCGCUGUUGGGUAAGAAAUUUCCAGCUAUAUAACAAUACCGUUUUAUGACUCCUGGGCUCAAACGUUUCACAGCAAUAUCGUUUUGAGGCAGACAGAUAUUUAAGUGUCCCGUUUAACGAUUGUUUGACUCGUUUUUCGCUUGACGGGUCGAAUUUAGUGGACAGUCAUUUUUACCCACAGCUUCAUUUUAGCCAACAGAGUUAAUAUUUUGAAACUUUCAGCCUUGGCCAUGUGCACCACAAACUGUUCUCACUUCCUGAACUGCGAGUCUCGCCAGGGAAUGUACCACUGUAACUGCGUCCCUGGAUUCUCUGGACCACAUUGCAACAUUAACAUAGAUGAGUGCAAGUCUAGUCCUUGUGUCAAUGGAAAGUGUAUAGAUGGUGUAAAUCAGUAUGAGUGUGUGUGCAACAAAGGCCACUGGGGAACAAACUGUGAAAAGAAGGUCAACGAAGAAAGAGGUCAGUGAAAAAAGAAAAGAGAACUUAAAGGCACAUUAUCAUUUUUUUUCAGAGUUCCAAAGAUGGGCUAGUAUAAUUACUUACCGCCGUUUCCCAUUAGCCAAAAUGGAGGUUUCUUUAAGACACGUUUGUAGUACGAAGAAAAGUUGAUGCUAUUUUCACUAACUGCCGGCGUUUGCUGCAAGAUAAGUAGUAUUUAAGCUUCUCUAGAGGAAUGUGUUUGUUUACUUCUUAUCGCCUCCACAGAAUGCCCAAGCCUUCAACAGCCUACAAAUGGCAAGAUAUCAUGCAAAAAACGUUCCGGGAAAGAGCUAUGUACUAUAACAUGCAACGACGGUUACUCAUUCAGAUCUGAGGCAAUAACAACAUUCGGCUGUGGUCCUGACACUGACUGGAAAUGGAAUGGAGAGGUGGACAUUGACGUUCCAACCUGCACAAGUAUGUACAUUUGUGUCAGUUGAUCUUGUCUCUCUAUGUGGAAGUGAUAUGUUUUGGCACAGAAAAUCCUUCCGGAGGAAAAACUACGUGUUGUAACAUUUUUGCGGGCUUUGAGGUUUUUGCAAAGCAUGCGAACGAAUUAUGUGAGAGUUUGCCUUUGGGUCGAGGGUCGAGGGUAACUAGUCGAGGGUCGAGAGUAAAUGGUCGAGGGUCGAAAAAUCCUCCACAAUUAUUUUUGAACGUCGUCAAAUCAAAAUUUCGUGUUUACUCGAGUUUCCGGUGCCUGUUUUAUUUUUACAUUAACACCUAGGGGCACGUGUAUCAUUUGUCGUUGUAACACUCGAGUAAAUAAUAUUGAAUAUUGAUAGCACACACCCAAUGGUUUUGUUGUCUAAUAUUUCACUCGCUUAUGACUAAUCGAGGGUCGAAAAAUCCUCCACAAUUAUUUCUGAACGUCGUCAAAUCAAAUUUUCAAGUAGGCUCGCGUUUACUCGAGUUUCCGGUGCCUGUUUUAUUUGUGUUGUGUUGUUUACAACUUUUGCACUCCCACGGUGAUGAAGGUGAUAUUACAUUAACAUCUAGUGGCACGUGCAUCAUGUAUCGUUGUAACACUCGAGUAAAUAAUAUUGAACAUUGAAAGCAGAGACCCAAUGGUUUUCUUGUCUAACGUUUCACUCGCUUAUGAAAAGGCUGCUAAUCUGGUAACUUUCACUGUUUGUCUUUAAUAUUUCCCACGUCCACUAGUUUUGUCCUAUGUGAGACUUGGGUCAGCGCUUGAGCUUGGUUUACGAGUGUCGGGAAAGAAAUAUGCGAUGCUUAACUUGAUUAUUCUGUGAUUAAAUAUUAAUUAGAAAUUGACAUUUGUAGCGCAAAGAAGUUAGAUCUCGUGACAUUAGAUUUCACAAUAAUGUAGACAAAGUCCGAGUAUAUUUACGAUAUAAAAUGAUGUAACUGCAUGCAUUUUGUUAGGCUAAAUAAGGUGAAAGAACGUGCGAUUUUGUAAUAGACACUUAAUUUAGAUACAUUACAAUGGGAACUUGUACUGUACAUGUGAUUAAUGUAAAAAUACUGCCUUACGCAAGGAUAGUAGAAAAACCACUGUAUACUUAGAAUGUUUUAGUUGAUCGAUUCGUUGAUCGUUGAUCGUAGUCUUACGAACGUUGAGUAUGUGAGAAUUGUACAUCGCAGUAGAUUGUUGGAAUUUGCAUUAAAUCGUGUUAUUACAUCGAAAGAUACAGUCCUCUUGAUUUGUUUGAACCAGCGGAGCGGGAUUAAAAGAAUUCCGCAACAACGAGAUUGGCGGUUGUAUUCUUUUUUGGCAGAAUCGAUAUAACCCAGAAGAGAUGUAUACCAAACGAACAGCGGAGAAACAAAAGUAAAGACGCGCUUUAGGGUGCUAAAAAAAACAGACGCGUUGUAUGGCGUUGUUCUUUAUUUGAUAGAGUCGAACAUCCGGUUGCGACCACCUACUGUAAGCGACCGCCUCUGCUCAGCUACCAGUAUUCCAAAAUACGAAAAGUUUCCACGACAAAUCACUAUAUUUGAAACCUCUUGUAUGCAACUACCUCUCUUAAAUGAUUCCGACCGCUUUUUAGAGCUAAAAGUUUGAAAUUUGCUUCUACUUUUUAACCAACCGUAAGUGAUCACUUGACAGAUAAGAGAAAGGAAAUUGGAUAAUAAGGUGUUGUAGCAUUAUCACAUUCUUAGGCAGUAAUUUCUCAAAGGGAAGUACCGGAUGUUUUCUCGAAAUUGACUCUUUCUCAAAUCUAAAACUUUAAAGAAAAAAUGCACAUGCAUUGUACUCUAUCUUAAAUCGAAUCUUUUAAAAAUGUCUUAUAGUUAAAGAAAAUUAGAGCUGAGAUCUUGCUUCAAAGUUCUCAGUCAACAGUUUAAUGGUAUUAUGGUAUUUCAGUAUUGAACUUCCUGUCACGCUUCUUUCCUUUGGUUGCUUUAUUUGGGAAUUUUAGGUUUUAAAUUGAAAAAAAUUCAGAAAUAAUUGUGGACGAUUUUUCGACCCUCGACCAUUUACCCUCGACCCUCGACUAGUUACCCUCGACCCUCGACCCUCGACCAAAAGGCAAACUCAUUAUGUGAUGUGGCCAUUAACCAUGCUCAAACAGAGCUCUUUUUCUGGGGUUCAGGAGUCUUAGUAUAGCCAAGUGGAACGAGGAGUAACAGGAGGAGGAGUAGUUGCAGCUUCACUAGAAAAUACUCGGCCAAUCCUUGAGCAAAAUAUUUACACUGUCACCCUGGUAACUUUAUAGUGCGAAUACUGUGACCGGGGCCACUUAGACAAAGUUCACCAAUAACCUUAACCCUAAAACAGCAUCGUUUGAAAAAAAGAUAGACACCGACUCCGGCCCUGGCCCCGGCCCCGACCUCCACUCCGCGUUUAACUGACAACCCACUUUCUUCGCUACUAUCGCCGCACUUUUCAAUAACAUCACGACCUCAAGUCAAAAAUGUAACUAACGUUUACGUUUUUCGCCUCCGUCAGCACUCUAACGGACCUCUCCGGAAACACGGGCUUUCUUCAGCGGGUUCAAAAGGUCACGUCUGUAGGUUGUAAUUGGUUGAUUUCUAUCUUUGUUGUUUACUUCGUUUCGUGGUAAUUAUGAUUGACAACUAACUUUCUCGGAAUGUAUUGUUAUUCUCCUGUAAAUCCGAUUGGUCAACUUUGUCUAGGUGGCCCCAGUUAUAGUAGUCGCAUUGUAAGAUGCAAUUCCCUGUGGUAAUAUUUUUCCACGAAAUAGACGAAUACCUGUGAAUGAAAUCUCGUUGCCGUUUACCAGUGCACAGCGCUCCGAGGUGUAAUAACAGCUUUCACGCAGUGAUGAACCUAUCUUUCUUACCAACAAUGGUAUUUUCCAGUUUACCAAGUCAUUCAUUAAAAUGAUUUUUCUUGUCAGGCAAGGCAAAGCCAAAGAACAUCGAGCAUCACCUUUCAAUGAAGUUUACUGGAAUUGGGUGUCAGAUCAGUCGAGGUCUUGGCGAUAUUCAUUCAGCUUUGGAGCGAGAAGUGGCCGACACUCUUUCAACAAUACAAGGAUGUCUCGACUCUAACGCCUGCAAGCUGACGAGAAUCUCAGUUCCCGAAUGUGGUUGGACAGCUCUUCAAAAGACAAGAAGAGCAGUCGUCGGCGCAAUGGAAGUAUUAUUUUCGUUGUUAGUCAGACCGGUCGAGUCAGCUUCGAUGACGGAUGAUGUUGACGAGAAAAGUGAAGCUGUGCUAUUUCAGAUGCAAUACGCCAUCUCCACUGGGCAGUUUAGGAUUAGCUUAGAUGGUGUCAACAGCACCGCAGACAGGUCUUCUUUUAAACACCUCUCGUCUGACAUCACAUGUAAUCCAGGGUUUGUUAAGAGCAGUGACAAGACCGGAUGUGGUAAGCAGCAAAUAAUAAACGCCAGUAUAUAUUAGUAUCAGUAUAGGCACCUGCACCACUCACGAAACUAAACUCUUGUUAAGUCCGUCUACAAAACAGGCCCGAAAUCCUUGUUCUGAGCCCCCACCUGUGUAACAGGAUUUGAGUACAAGUAGCCUGCGAACGGCAGACGUUUCUCCUCGCGAAACGUCCCUCAGCGGCGAUGAGCAAGGAGAAACGUCUGCCUUUUGCAGGAUAGAGUACGCGCCAUGAUUGGCCUUUUAGAAAAGGCAUAUUUGCCAAUCAGGAUAAAAGGAAAUUCGGAACGUACUUCCAGUAAUUCGUUGAUUCCCUUGCCGAGGGCCCAGAACAAGAUGACGUUACUAACCGAGGUUAAAUUAAGUCUGCGACGCAGGCUAAUAUCAGUAUGCAUAAAACCCGUGUUACCUUUUGUUCUUCAAUAGUCGCCUGUCCUGCGGGAACGUUCUUCCACCAAGAGUCUUCCAAUUGUACAGCCUGCUCCAAAGGCACGUAUCAAGAUAAAGAAGGACAGAGUAGCUGCAAACCUUGCAGCGAUGAAAAAACAACGGGCAAAAAAGGAGCUGAAUCAGCAAACGACUGUGAGCCAAGUAAGAAUAGAUAG